AUUAAACCAGUUGCUAUUGUAGUUUUGUUUUGAACAGACAAGUCCACCACAACAACGCAACGAGACAAACCACAAGAUUAUCAUUAAUUAAUACCACAAAAUUCAGCCAGAGAUAACAAUAUUGCAAGAAAAAAACACCAGUCGAAUCACCAAUUAGUCAACAGGAAUUAGUGUCUAUAAGUGUGCGCAAUGUGGUGGAUCCUGGCUGCUGCAGCAGCCGUUGCUCUGUGGUACUGGUUGUUCAUCUACCCCCAUAAGUACUGGCUAAAAAGGGGGGUGAAGCCGAGAACUUCAGGAUUUCUUUUGGGAGAUACUCUGGGGACGUUUUUACAAAAACAGGCUUUUGCAGAUAUGGUCAAGGAAGUUUAUGAAACUUGUCCAAACCCCAGGUACGCAGGCAGCUACCAGUUUUUUCUACCAAGCCUUCUAAUCAAAGAUCCGGAACUCAUCAAACAAAUCACUGUCAAAGACUUCGAGCACUUUGUGGACCAUCGAAGCCUUUUUCCAGAAGGCAGCGAUCCCCUUUGGUCCAGAAACCUUUUUUCAUUGACUGGGAAAAGAUGGCGCGACAUGCGAUCAACACUCAGCCCGGCUUUCACCAGUAGCAAAAUGAAGUACAUGUUCACUUUAAUCUCACAAAGUGGUGAACAGUUCGUACAAUAUUUUUUGAAAAAGAACGAAGACGUUGUUACUGUUGAAAUGAAAGAUACGUUCACCAGAUUCACUAACGACGUCAUCGCCAAUACUGCUUUUGGAGUAGAAUGUGAUUCUUUGACCGAUAGAGACAACGAGUUUUAUUUGAUGGGAAAAGAUGUCACAAAUUUUAAUGGCGUUUGGAAGAAUCUCAGAUUCUUGUUGAUAAUUUUAAUGCCUAGGGUGUUCCAGUUUUUUAAAAUGACACUAUUUUCAAAAGAAGUCGGCAACUUUUUCACUAAUCUAGUCAAGAGCAAUAUCCAAAGUCGCGAGAAACACGGAAUUGUAAGACCCGACAUGAUCCACCUUCUUCUAGAAGCUCGAAAAAAUGGACUCAAACACGACGAAACUCAACCCCUCCAAGACACAGGUUUUGCCACUGUGACAGAAUCUGAAAUCAACACAAACCCCAAAAAUACCAAAACAGAGAUUACAGAUCAAGACAUCACAGCGCAAGCUUUAGUUUUCUUCUUUGCUGGUUUUGAUUCAGUGUCUGCACUCAUGUGUUUCAUGGCUCACGAACUAGCUGCCAAUCCAGACGUCCAAGACAGACUAAUCAAAGAAGUAGAUGAAACUCUGGAACUUUGUCAAGACAAAUUAACUUAUGAGGCGCUUCUUUCCAUGAAAUAUAUGGACAUGGUGGUCUGUGAAACUCUGAGAAAAUGGCCCAACGCUGUUGCUUCUGAUAGAGUUUGCACGAAACCCUACACCAUCGAGCCUAAAUAUCCAGACGAGAAACCCGUUCACUUGAAAAUAAAGGACGCAGUGUGGUUUCCUGUUUUUGGUAUUCACAGAGAUCCUCAGUAUUAUCCAGAACCAGAACGUUUUGAUCCUGAAAGGUUUAACGACGAGAACAAAGUCAACAUUAGUCCUUACACGUACAUGCCUUUUGGCGUCGGACCUAGGAAUUGUAUUGGUUCCAGGUUUGCUCUCCUGGAAACUAAAACGCUAUUUUUUUAUAUUUUGUCACACUUUGAAAUAGUUCCAGUGGAGAAAACUCAAAUACCGUUAGUUUUGAGUAAGAAACAGUUGAAUAUGGCUGCUGAAAACGGCUUCUGGUUAGGGCUGAAACGUCGCCAAAAAUAAAAAGGUUCGUAGAUGUAUACACAGUUAAGUGUUGGUUUUAAUAAAAAUCUUUCCACCGUCA